AUGAAUACUCCAGGAGCUGUAUCAAAAAUAUUCUGGCCGGCACAUGUAUGCACACCCCGAACCAAAGCUGGAUUCUUGGUCGGUUGGAACAUUCGUAGUUUUACCACUUGUAUUGCAUCGGUAAUCUCGGAUCUUAGUGAUCUAGAAGCCACAUUGUCUGCUUUGUCAACAGAUACUAGUUCGUCGUUUGUAUAUAUGGGAAAGGUGUGUGGAGCACCUCCAAUAGUUUUGGGUCUUUUGACUACAUUAUCUGACAUUAACGGGGAAGGGACAAGUAUCCUCAAUGCAGAAGGUGUUGCAGACAGAAAGAAGACAGCAAAUUUAUGGAUGACAAUCCAAUUGCAGAGCAAUAAUAUGCCUCUUCUAAGAUCGAUCUAUUGUUGUGGAUAUCGUUAUUCAAAUGUCAGUUCAGAAAUCAUUUUCUACAAACAACCAAAUCCAACUAGACUUCAAUACAUUUCACUUGAGCCGUUAGUAUUAGAUAUUCAACAAGACGGCAGACAUAAGGUUGAUCAAGAUUCACUCAUAAUUAAAAACAUGAAAAAGAUCAUAAACACUCGUUUACACUCGGGGAAACAGCGAACGCAGAUAAAUGACAUGGAACUUAUUUUGAAUCAGAUUAAUUCUUCAUUUGAAACUGAGAAAGCCAUCACAAAUAGGUGUCGAUUUUUUAUCAAUCGACGUAAUCGUUGUAACAUUAGCGUUUCUGAAACAAUGAUGCAAUACGCAGUUUUUAUUAAAAAGAUUUUUCUUUAUCCCUUAAAAUAUCUGCUGCUUGUUUUUCGACCGAUCAUUGUACAACCUAUAAUUUUCUUUCUUAUGUUAGUGAGAAUAUUCGCCGAGAUUGUAUUGUGGAUUUUAAAUUUACGAUUUCCCCCUUUUAUGUUUAAUGGAAUGGCAUUAAAGGAUUUAUCUGCGACAUCGCAGCAAAUCGAUUUACGACUUCAACAAGCAUGUUUUUGGCCUUGGCAAUAUAUGCUACUUAGGCGAAGGGAUUGGACAAAUACUGCGACAACACGAGCACAAUAUAUUAGCAUGUGGCUUGUAGCAAAUGAUAUUAUUAUCGGGCUUACUAUUGGUUCUUUUCUUGUUAAUAAUAGUGAAUAUGUGGCCAACGUUAUUUUGAAGGACUAUCUUGAUCAUUAUACGAUAGAAAAAUUAGUAUCAAUGAUAGAUUGGCUCAUGGGUUGGCCGGCCGGAUUGAAAUUAAAUAGUGAAUUGGACAGGUUUUUUGGCGAACUUUUUCUUCGCCUAAUCGAGUUAUGGGAAGAUUGUGUGGAUAUUAUAGGACCAUUGACACCAACUAUUAUAGGAAUUAUCGGGUUAUCUGGAAUGUUGGGUGGAUCAAUGGUUAUAUCAUUACUAUCCGAUUUUUUAUCUUUUAUGACUAUUCACAUCUAUUUAUUUUAUAUGGUUGCUGCAAAAAUUUUCAAUUGGCAGCUUACUAUAUUAUAUUCUUUAUUUAAUUUAUUUCAAGGCAAGAAAUGGAAUACUUUACGAAACCGUAUUGAUUCCUGUGAUUAUGAUCUGGAUCAGUUGCUUUUGGGCACUAUAUUAUUUACGUUAUUAACAUUUCUGUUUCCUACAGUAGUGGUUUAUUAUGCAACUUUUGCGGCUAGUCGUGUAGCUGUUAUUUUUCUGCAAGCAGUUAUGGAAACUUUAUUGGCGUUCUUAAAUCACUUUCCAUUAUUUGCAAUUAUGUUGCGAUUCAAAGAUCCGGAUCGAUUACCAGGUGGACUUAAAUUUGUAAUAUGUGAUCCAGAUUAUUAUGCAACGUAUGGAAUAGCUAGAGUAUUUAGAGAUAUAAAGUCAUUUUGGCCAUGGAAUAGUCGAUUACGUAAAAUAAGUGUUACAUCUACAAACACUUCCCCGAUAAUUAACAAUAUAAGUAGUAUAAAAUCAACAUCAAAAUUCGAUCGAAAUUCUCAAUACGAAGAGUCUGAUCAAGUUAUUAGAAUGAGAAAAAAUCGAAUAAUGAAUAAAUCAAAUUCAUCAUCGUCAUUGUCAAUAUCUCCAACUUCCCCUAUAUCUUCAGCAUUUAUAUCAUGGCCACCAAAAGUGAGCUAUUUAUUCAUGCAGAAUUUGCCCAUUCCAUUAUCAGCAAUAUUCUUUCAAUAUUUAUUAUUAUGGAGACGGUUAAGUUCACAUUAUUUUUCUUUUUAUGUAUUACGAUGCCUUGUUAGUGGUGAAAAUAUCAAACCAAUAGCUAGACUUCAGUAUCCAAUGUUACCUGAAACUAG